GGUAUCGUAUCUGUUCCUCCAUCGCAGAAAGAAGUAUUGUGCAAGUGAUUGUCAGUUACAAGUAGCUAGCGAGUUUGCAGAGAAUUUGAUAAAUAUGUGGUACGAAAUAAUUCCAUCGAUGGUAAUAGUAGGCAUGGUACCAAUUGUACCUCAAUUGUUUUGCUAUUACCUUAACGAACUAGUGUUGGGGAACCCUAUGCGUAGGGACAUGAGAAACAUAUGGGAUCGUCACAUGUUUACACGAGACACCCGUAUAGAUGGAGCACCAUGGAAAAAUAGGGGACUAGAGAAUAUUCCUGAUGACUAAGAGAGUACAAACGUCAAAUAAAUAAUGAAUACAACAUGGCAGUAAUGGUGUAUUGUGUAGACAUUAAGUAACGGUAGAUAUGAGAAUAUAUGUAUCAUAAGUCACCAUUUCGGAUAAUUGUGAUAUAUGUAUAUAUAUAUACGUAUAUGUAUAUAAAUAUAUGCAUGUAAUACAUUAAA